UAGUCAUGCUUUGGAAGUAAUGCUGCUCGUUACAAUUAAUGUCCCGAACAGCUAACAGUAUACAUGCCUAGCUGCAUCGAAAUGUUGGUUUCCCUAUGGUCAGACCGACUACGUUUCCGCCGUUGACUGAGAGGCGCUGUUGAUUUGGAAAAAUAAUUGACAUCUAUAUUCAGAGGAGUGAGGGUUGUACGUUGGGAAAUCUGGGGGGCUCCAUGGAGAAGAGACUGUAUCGCCGUAAGGCAUUGGGGAUUGUAAAUGAGGAUAUGUUUCUGGAAUAGGAAGACUGACAGGCAGCGACCAAGGAAGAAGUAAACAUUUAGCUGGGACCUGUACUUGGUCUUCAGUGCAGCAACAGCAGUGAAGCCAGUCUCACAAAGAUAAGAUGUUGCAAAAGGAAGAAGAAUGGCCCUCUGCCCUAAGAGUGGAUACUGCCUCUCUACACUCAGCCAGAAUUCACUCAGUGUCUGUGACUGAGGUUCACAUCACAAUGUGAAGUCAGACGUCAUAUCAAUGAACUGGUCCUCCUCUGCAGAGCUGAAACCAGUUGGAGCUGGUGCAUUGAAAGGAUCUCUCACCCAGUCAUAUUGGGAACUGUUUUCAGGGAAGUACUUUUUAAAGAAUCCCAUCAGUGAUGAAAUAUGCUCCUUAAUAUAUGGAAUCACUGAGGUGGCAUCACAGUCAAUAGUGUCAACAAAUUCAUGCAGGUUCUCCUUCAUCAAGUCGCCUGCCCCACAUUGCAAGCUUUCGAGUGAAAGAGCUGAUGUCUGUGACCCGAGGGAGGUGUUUAUCUUUCCCUUGAAGCUGUAGAUUUAUUUAAUUUAGCUUUCCAAAUAUGUCACUCAGGUAGGCCAGUUUUGCCAGGAAGUUCUCAUCACAAAAAAAUUCUGCGAGGUCAUACUUGUGCUCCUGCACCGAAAACAUUCUUAUCUGCUCUCUGAGCUCAAACUCGGGACAAGACUUUUCCUCAUGACAGCCACCUUGCUUCACUGUGACACAGCACAGCUUGAUGUUCAGUUCCCAUCUCCUCACAGAUAGCAGAGAAUACUUGUUUUUAGUGGUCUGGUCUUUAUAAAAUUGACAGAGGGAUAGUUUUUAUUUUUGCAGCACUUGCGUCAUCCAGCAUGACAGAGACCAUGUCUAAUGCUGCAGGCAGUAUCAGCUCCUCUGCUAUGGAGUGUUUUUUUUUGUUGCACUGAGCAAUUUGGUACGCCACAUAUGAUGCUAACAGUGCUCACUGGUUUACUGAAGUAGCAUUCACAAAGCGGAACGAUUGUUGGCAAUAUUCGGCACGUUUUCGCUGAAAAAACUCAAGCGGCUUAUCAGAGUGAUUGGGGUGUAAUGUCUUUAUGUGACGCCUUAAUUUAUUUGGCUUCAUGCUGUCCGCUGCCAAUAUUUUUAGACACAGUAAACAUACCGGUCUUUCCUCGUCUCCCACCGUAGUCACCGUGAAGCCAAGCGCUACAUACGCUUCGUCAUAUUUCCUCGUCUUAGCUUUCGGGAGACUUACGUUUGUCUCUAUCUCCGUCUCUCACCGCCUUUCUUUUCAUCCCUGUUAAAUAUUUUUCCAUGGUGUCUCUUAAGGGUUUGUUAUCUGCACUUCAUAUCUCCUGCUCUGUGCUGUGUGCUCUUGUUCGGUACAAAAAAAAACUACUCCCUGCGGCAAAAAAAAGCAUGUUCCCCGGGGUCACACGCGCCCCCCUGGCAUCGCUCCGAGCCCCCCCAGGGCGGCGCGCCCCACUAUUUGAGAAGGACUGCUUAGCGGAUGAAGAUGAUCUCAGAACAAAACUUAAGAUCUCCUAAGCCUGUGUUUACCAGACUUACACAGACCGUAUUUUCAGCAUUUAUGCCCACAAAAAGACGUUACUAUUGCUGUCUAUAAAAUGUGUUUUUAGGUGUGAAGUUAUAUGGCUACAAUUUGAUUGUUUUAAGUGUGAUUUUUAUGACUGCUUACUGAAAAAGCUAUUGCUUACCUUUCAAAUUUCUAAAUAGAUACUUUAUUUGUUUGGCCCGCGGCCCCAAACUCCGAUUUAUAUCUUGGCCCACCAAGCCCAGAAGUGCAUAUGAACGUGACGAGACUGACAGCGUCUCUGAGCCAAGCAAAUUCAUUUAUCAAGAUCCUUAUCAUGUGUAUUUAUCCAAAGAAAUGGCAGUAUAAACAAAGGUAAAACAAAUGAAAGUGCACAGUUUGCUGUCAUUUUAGCUGCUUGAUGUGAUUGUGUUCACUUUAGUUGGCUUGCUAGCAAAGGAUAAGUACAUGAAAUAUACAAAAGAAUGUGGACACCCCUUCAAAUUUGUGGAUUCGGCUAUUUUAGCCACACCGUGGCACCGUCAUAGGAUGCCACCUUUCCAACAAGUCAGUUUGUCAAAUUUCUGCCCUUCUAGAGUUGCCUCGGUCAACUGUAACUGCUGUUAUUGUGAAGUGGAUAUGUCUAGGAGCAACAACGGCUCAGCCGCGAAGUGGUAGGCCACACAAGCUCACAGAAUGAUACCCUGAAUCGCCUGGCGCGUAAAAUUGUCUGUCCUCGGUUGCAACACUCACUACCGAGUUCCAAACUGCCUCUGGAAGCAACGUCAGCCCAAGAACUGUUCGUUGUGAGCUUCAUGAAAUGGGUUUCCAUUGAUGAACAGCCACACAGAAGCAUAAGAUCACCACGUGCACAAUGCCAAGCAUCGGCUGGAGUGACGUAAAGCUCAACGCCAUUGGACUCUGGAGCAGUGGAAACGUUUUCUCCCUGGAGUGAUGAAUCACGCUUCACCAUCUGGCAGUCCGAUGGACCAAUCUGGGUUUGGUGGAUGCCAGGAGAACGCUACCUGACCCAAUGCAUAGUGCCAACUGUAAAGUUUAGUGGAGGAGGAAUAAUGGCCUGGGGUUGUUUUUCAUGCUUCGGGCUAGCCCCUUAGUUCCAGUGAAGGGAAAUCAAUGCUAUAGCACACAAUGACAUUCUACACAAUUCUGCGCUUCCAAAGUUGUGGUAACAGUUUGGGGAAGGCCCUUUCCUGUUUUCGCAUGACAAUGCCCCCAUGCACAUGGCGAGGUCCAUACAGAAAUGGUUUGUUGAUAUCGGUGUGGAAUAACUUGACUAGCCUUCACAGAGCCAUGACCUAAACUACAUCAAACACCUUUGGGAUAAAUUGUCCAACAUCAGUGCCUGACCUCACUAAUCUUGUUCUUGUGUCUGAAUGGAAGCAAGUCCUUGCAGAAAUGUUCUAACAUCUAGUGGAAAGCCUUCCCAGAGGAGUGGAGGCUGUUAUUGUAGCAAUGGUGGGACCAACUCCAUAUUAAUGCCCAUGAUUUUGGAAUGAGUUGCUCGACGAGCAGGUGUCUACAUACUUUUGGUCAUGUUGUGUAGCUAGCCUGCAUAGCUACAUGCCAAUGAUUUUAGCAUGGCAACUAUUGCAAAUAGAAUGAACGACCAGCCCGUUUUGCUAGCAACUUCAGAUUCUCAGAACUAACAACUGGCUUUUGCCCGUGCUAUAUUAUAUGGUGGUAGAAUACAAUUCAUUUACUCAAUAUAAUAACAUUUGUAAUAUGUUGGCAAGCGUUUUAUAGAAGCAAUAAGGCCUUCAAACAGCCCAUAGUUAUUCACACAAUAAUUCCUGGGUUCUCAUUUGUUAUUGCUUAACUAUUGCUGAGCACACCACUUUAGAAUAUUCCCUGGAAUAUUAAGUUUCCUUCAUAGAUGUCAUAGGCCAUGAGUCCAGCCGAGGGUCAUGGUUUCGUAGAAGGCCCAAAAUGUGUCCUCAUUCAUUCAAAGUUCAUUGACAUUUUUAAAUGCAAUGGUCAGCUAGCUAUUUGGGAUUGAAUUUGUACCUUUUCCCCCUGGAGCACUUUUCAUCUGCUUUUCUUUGAUCAGCUUCUGUAGUUGAGUUACUUUAAGGCCUACUGUAUGUCAUAGUGCUAAAGAAGUGUUUGUUAUAAACAAGUGUAUUUUAAUCAUUUGGGGAGAAUCUAACAUUUGAGUUACACUGCACAUUUCUGUGAGAAUAUGAUGGUGUAGAGAAGGCUAUUUGAGGGGUUAAAUAACUUUUCCAACCGAUUUUCAUGUCUCAGUUUAUUACACGGCAUGCUUUCCUUUGACAUCGUUGUGCUUUUAUUCUGCCCAAUAAUUUUAUUCUGCCCUAAUAAUGUUGAAGCUAUUGCUUUGGGUCUUUUGUAAUAGUUUUCCUAAUCAAUUAUUAACUUCAAAUCUGGUGCCAUGCUUUUUUAGUUUUGGCCAUCAUGCAGGGAUGUGAUGAAAUAUUCUAGUAGUGUACAGACAUCAAAUCUCUCUGCCAUUGUCCUUUUUGUAGCUUUUUUUUCCUUGUCGGAAAGGUCAUUGGUGCUUGUUUUUGUGUAUACAUUUUGGGUCACGUGUCGGAUGCAGUCUUCCAAAAUUGCUACAGCUAAAUGGGAAGUGGUUGAUGGUAUAUGGAAUAAUCACUGAUGCAAUCCUUAAUUUAAGACUUGCUCUGAUAUACAAACGCAGUGAUUUUUUUUCAAACCACAAUUACAUCAUUUAAGUUGUAUCAUUUAUGUUAAGGAACACAGUAGCAAGGGUUCACACUGAGAACUGAGAAUGGGGCCUUGUGACAACCUAUUGAAUGUGUGUUGAUCAGAAGCUAACAUGUCCCUCUUUUUCAGGAGAAGAGACUUCAGCAUGCAAACCUUCAUCUGUCCAGCUUGCUCCCUUGUUUUCGUUCCACGCUUCUGGGCUUCUGAUGGCUGCUCCCAUUCCCCAUUUGCACCAGCAGUACAGUGAGCAACACCAACAGACUACUGACCCGUCUGUGCCGGCUCUGCCCCACAGCGGGCAGGCGCAGCAGUCUAUUGCCAGCCAGGUGACCCCUGAUGUUGUCAUGUUACAGAGGCGCAUGCCACACUGCUUUCGCGACCCGUCCUCGUCUCCCCUGAGGAAGCUCUCUAUUGACCUGAUCAAAACCUACAAAUGCAUCAAUGAGGUAUACUAUGCAAAAAAGAAGCGGAGACACCAACAUGUCCAUGGCGACGACUCCAGUCACAAGAAAGAGAGGAAGGUCUUCAACGACGGCUAUGAUGACGACAACUACGACUACAUCGUCAAAAACGGAGAGAAAUGGAUGGACCGCUACGAGAUCGACUCCUUGAUAGGCAAAGGCUCGUUUGGACAAGUUGUAAAGGCAUAUGACCGUGCAGAGCAGGAGUGGGUGGCAAUUAAGAUCAUCAAGAACAAGAAGGCUUUUCUUAAUCAAGCCCAGAUUGAAGUGCGGCUCCUCGAGCUCAUGAACAAACAUGACACGGAGAUGAAGUACUACAUAGUUCACCUUAAGCGCCACUUCAUGUUCCGGAGCCACCUGUGCUUGGUGUUUGAGAUGCUCUCCUACAACCUGUACGACCUGCUGCGGAACACCAACUUCCGUGGCGUCUCACUCAACCUCACACGCAAGUUUGCCCAGCAAAUGUGCACAGCACUGUUGUUCCUGGCCACGCCCGAGCUCAGCAUUAUCCACUGUGACCUGAAGCCCGAGAACAUCCUGUUGUGUAACCCCAAGAGGAGCGCCAUCAAGAUCGUGGAUUUUGGCAGCUCCUGCCAGCUGGGACAGAGGAUCUACCAGUACAUCCAGAGUCGCUUCUACCGCUCCCCAGAGGUGCUGCUGGGCAUGCCUUAUGACCUGGCCAUCGACAUGUGGUCCCUGGGCUGCAUUCUGGUGGAGAUGCACACCGGAGAGCCCCUCUUCAGUGGGGCCAAUGAGAUUGAUCAAAUUAACAAAAUAGUGGAAGUUCUGGGUGUCCCUCCCAAUUACAUAUUGGACCAGGCGCCCAAGGCCAGAAAGUUCUUUGAGAAGAUAUCGGACAGCACGUGGGGUGCAAAGAAGACCAAAGAUGGCAAAAGGUAUAAGCCGCCGGGCAUGCGGAAGCUGCACAGCAUCCUGGGUGUGGAGGCGGGGGGUCCUGGGGGGCGGCGGGCGGGUGAGUCUGGCCACGCUGUCGCUGACUACUUGAAGUUCAAGGAUCUGAUCCUUCGGAUGCUGGACUACGACCCCAAGAGCCGCAUCCAGCCCUACUACGCCCUGCAGCACAGCUUCUUCAAGAAGACUGCGGAUGAGGGGACCAACACGAGCAGCAGCGUGUCCACCAGCCCCGCACUGGAGCAGUCCCAGUCCUCUGGAACCACCUCCAGCACCUCCUCCAGCUCAGGAGGGUCGUCUGGCACGAGCACCAGUGGGCGGGCGCGCUCGGACCCAACACAUCGGCACAGCGGAGGUCACUUCAGUGCCGUGCAGGCCAUGGACUGCGAAAAUCUCUUCCCACAGGCGAGGCAGCCGCUCCCUCCCCCAGUUGGCUGGGCAGGUGGCAAAGGGGUGCAGACAGUGACAGUGGAGACCCACCCCGUCCAGGAAACCACCUUUCACGUGCCUCCCCAGGCGCCCAAGGCCAUCCACCCCUUGGCCCCCGGCAACAGCUCCUCCGCCCACCAGCACCAUCACCACGGACACCAUCACUUACACCAUCAACCCCACCACCCCCAUGGACAGCAGGGCCUGUUUGCGCGGUCCCACCUCUACCACUCCCCUAUCAACAGUGCCUCCACAGAGAACUCGGUGGAGGUGGUGCACGGCCACCUGUCUAUGACCUCCAUGUCUUCCUCCUCCUCCUCCACAUCUUCCUCCUCCGCCGGGACCCAGGGGAACAAGGCUUACCAGCUGCGCCCGCUCCCUGCCAACGCAGCCGUGGACUUUGGCCAGAACGGCAGAAUGGGACUGGGUGCCUUCUCCAACCCCAGACAAGAGACUGGGAUGGCGGGCCACCCCACCUACCCCAUGGGCAUGAGACAAGGCAUAGACAGGGAGGAGUCGCCCAUGGCAGGAGUCUGUGUACAGCAGAGUUCUGUCGCCAGUUCGUGACUAAACUGAGAAUGUUUUGUUUUUUUGAAGGUGGUGGGUUUUUAGUUCAACAAAAAAAGUGCGUAAAGAAUCAAAAAGCUGCUUUAAACUAGAGGGGGAGAUUAUCACUUACUCUCUACCACAGUGCAAAGCCCACCAUUUCUCCAACUCCUCCCCAUGCCACCCUUGGGUUUCUCUCUUCACUUUGGUUUCAAAUGGGAUUAUUCGCUCCACCAUUUUCAGUGUUCACAGGGAAUUAGAUUUUUACUACAAACGUUCUUGCAUAACAUACUUCACAACAGUACUGAAACAUCCGUUCAUUUCACAUACAACUCUCACUCGACUGCAUGGUUUGCAUUAUUCCUUGUUAUUGUCAGCCGAGAGCUUAGAAGUCUGUGGAUAGAAAAUCACGUAGACAUUAUUUGUUAACGGCUAUUUAGUAAAGGAAUUGUUACAGCACCGUAACAUUUCCAGAAACUCCUAUCCACACAUUUGCACUUUUUUCCAUAUUCGGCAAGAAUAAUUUUCUCUGGAUUUAUAUUCUCAUUUGAAUUUUUCUGUUCUGUUGUACAAUCCCACCUGUGAGCUGUGAGACAUGAAGUGUAUACUACAAAGCAGGAUCAAUGAGUUAGCUAACUUUUAUAAACAACCAGGUUUUUGUCAUUAGACCAUUUCCAUUUCAAGCUUCUUUUUUUAAAAUAAGUUAUUUCUGAAUAUUUAGGCAAGUUGGCUGGCUAACUCAUUGAUCCUGCUUUGUAGUAUACCUGUCCAUAGAGUGGCAGAGGAUUGAAGCAUUAUACAGGGAGUUUCCAUCUCGCUGGGUUUGUUUCUUUGAGAGGAAUGUGGAUGCGCUGCGCGGGGCCAGCCAUGUACAGCUGUGCAGCAGAGUGCCAUGCUGGGAGGCCCCAGGCAAGUACAAGUCCUAGCCCUCCCCGGACUUGAAAAAGGCCACACUGAAGAGAUGUACUUAGGAGCAGUGGCCAGGGCCGAGCCACCCCAAACCUACAGUACAGUUGUCCGGGCAGUGUCCGGUUUUUUAGAUAACUCUUUGGCCUUAUGUUUUUUUGGGACUCUCAAAUUAAGGGUGGGGGGUGGGGAACGAAGCUGGACAUUAUCGUUUAAAUGAGAAAAUAGCUUUCUAUUUUUGAAGUUUGGGUAUAAAACAAACAUAAUUCUUAACAAAGAAAAUGUAGAAAAAAUGUGUUUUGAGAAUGGUAAUUUGAGGCCUUUAACUAAAACGUGUGACUUGCGAGGUCCAGUGAUUGCCGGGCCUUGUAAGUUCACAGAAGUAUUUUUGUUGCAAGAUGGAUGGAAUUGGCUAUGACUGUCCCUUCCAACUUUUUACUUGUUUCUUCAGCAUGUGGUUCCUCCAACAGAGCAUCUGCAAAAAUGUCUUCUGUUCAUCUUUAAUAUGAAAACAUGCUGAAUUUUAUGUGACUGCUUUUUUGCCUCACAAUUAUGCUGUGAAUUUUACAGUAAUUUAUUUUCCCUUUUUGAUAAUUUAUUGUACCAAAGCUGUUUUUAUAGCACAUAGAUUUCUGUAACCAAUAAUGUAGCAGUUCUGCACUUUGACACAAGGUAUAUCAAGACCUUUUUAAAAUGUCAGCAAAAAUGGCUGAAUCUAUUGCUUUAGCAAAACUGGAGCGGUUGUUGAACUCAGUACAUUUACUGUUAGCUGAAUCUUCAACAGAAUUGGUUGUAAAGGUUUUUUUUUUCUCUAAAAAGACAAACAACAAACAAAACAAAUCUCUCAUUGGUAUAACUUUUCUGUUCUCAAGGACUUGAGGGACAAUAGAUGCCAACGCUGAUUGCUACUCUGCGGGUUCCGGAGUAUCAGUAUGGUCGCUGUUAGUUGAGGCAAGUCCUCGUAUUCAUGAGUUGAAAGUGAGAGAGGAAAGAUGUGAACGGUGCAUUAAUCCUUCAAUUUGUGACCAGGUAUUCAGCGGUUGUUUCAAACGUGCCUGUCUGGAUAAAGCUGCCCUGACUACUUUCGGCAGUCUUCAUGGCAGUGGCUAAAAUGGUGUCCCUUUUCCCCCGUCAAUUUAGAAACAACCUUUUUUGACCUAGCUAGCAGAGAGGCAUUGUACACAUCCACAUUUUAGCUGGGAUACUGCUCUAAAUUAGCUCAAAUCCAUCUUUGACUGAAGCUCUCACCAUGGAGGUUGAAUCCAAAAGGAAACUAGUAGGGAUGAAUGGUGUGAGAGGUGAGCCCUGCCUGCUGGAGUGUCCUACUCCAGUCUCAUCGUGUGAUGCCUGAGGAUACGGGACAACUGGCCUAAGUUUUGUACCCUUUGCAAAAAUGUAAGGGGGCGGCAACAGCUAGAGGAAAGGUGUCCAUGACAUCACAGGCUUCAGGUGUUUACUUUUCAACCCCAUUUUAAUAGCUGAAAUAGAAUUUAUUAUGUAUAUAUUUGUAUUUUUUUAAUAAAGGAAGUUUAGAACUCACUACUUUUUUCCUAAUGGUAUUUUGAGUACAUUUAAGUCAAUGUGGAGACCAUGCAGUGGAAGUUCUGUGAUAUUAGUCAGUGGGUAACCGUGCUUCCAGGCCAAAGUAGUUGACAAUGCCAGUACAAAUGCAAAACUUUUAGGGUUUAAAUUAACAGGAGAGUAGAUAUUCAUACCGUAAAUAUUAUAGACAGGGUAUAGUGUGUGGAUGUGUCUACAAACCUGAAUGACAGCUGUGUUUUAAUAUAUAAAUACAUACGCAAUUAUGUACAUAUAUUACAGGAACUAUUUUUAGGUGCAUCAAAAUUGGCAUAAGCUUCCACCGUGGGGCCAUUUGCAGUCGGGCUACUGAUACGUGUGUGUGAAAGUGAAAGCCACGAUCGUCAACAAACCAUCCAACUUUUACUCCCAAGUGUUCAAUAUCAUUUCUGCUCUGCUCCCUAUUUAAUUGGAAUACAGGCUUUUUAUUGCCACCCUUGCCUUCCUGUCCCCCAGUCGUCUGAUUUUUGAGUGAUUGACAACAGUUUGGUUACAGGACAUCUGACGUGCAUUGUAAAGAUUAAACGGCAUGGGAAAAGAAAUACCUGUGUCCACAGAUUGUAAGAUCUAGUCAAUACUUGCUCUGUAUAUGAGAAUGUUCCAAACAUUUUUUUUAAAUGGACAAGCCCUUUGUAUUAUAUUCAAGCGGUCUUAUGUAUGAUAUAAACAUUUAAAAAAUUGAA